AUGGCUACAGAGCGGCCGGAGGAGGGGAGGCCGGCGGAGGCGGGGCAGGAAGGCGGGGCGUCCUCUCGACUGGGCGGGCGCGCGCUGUCGUACGCACGCGCUCGUACUCGUGGCCCAGACUGCACGGCGCGUCGGCCGCGCCUCCGAAAUGGGUCCGGGGCAGAGGUAUGUAGGGUGGGGCGAAGCAAUGGAAGAGAGCCAGAGGCAGGAGUUGGGGGCGGGGCUUCAGAGCGCGCACCGACGCGAGCGCGCGCGACGCUCCUCCCCCUUGAUUCUGAGGAAGGGGUGGGGUCUGAGGAGGUAGUCGUGGAACUUCCCGGGGCCCUCCCAGGCGCGCCGUCUGGCUCUGCGCAUGCGCAGGGGCUGGAACCGCGCCCCUGUCCUCCGUCAGGAAAGGCGAGGAAGACCCCCGGCUUCCAGCUCUUCGUGCGUCUGUCGCUGCUGCUGGAGUGCUGGAUGGGAGAAGGCGUUGACGUGGUCGCCCGCCCCUCUGGGUUUCCCUCUGUAAGCCCGGCCACCAGUCUCCUGUCCUCCAAAUCUGUGCCCAGAAAUGAACUGAAACAUUGGCUCUUGGAUCUCCAGCUUGCUGUCUCUCAGAUGGGAACAUACACCAUCAGCUCUCCUGGUUCUCAGGCCUUUGGACUUGGUCUGGAACUGCACCAUCAGCUCUCCUGGGUCUCCCACUUGCUGACUGCAGAUCUUGGGACUUCUCAGCAUCCAUAAUCACGUAAGCCAAUUCCUUAUAAUAAAUAAAUGCUUAUCUAUCUCUCUAUACUAUACUACUGGUUCUGUUUUUUCUGGAGAAC